GAAAUGGCGAUGCUUUUGAAUGAUGGGAAAAUAAACAUGGAAGGUACAGCAUUCAUCGAAUCAAUCACUGUUGAUUGCAGCCACUUUUCUUCAGCCAUUCUGUUACAUUCAAGACAUGUGACUGUACUGACACGCCCCCUUGCGGCGCGUGUCUGCCACGCUCUCGUUAGGACAAAUUCGCUGCGCGGGCAGGAGCGUAGCAGAGCGUCACCGGAGGAAUGUGCUAAUUGUUGAUGCAUCUUGGACUCAGUGCGACUCUCGGAUGCUUCAUCUGACUACUCGUCCCUUCAACCUUGCACAUCCAACUGACCAUGACCACUGCCGUGGAAAGCGGCAAGCAGCCUUGCAUCGGGCUCGAGCCCCUUGACGGCAAAAACACCCUCCUGCCGGGAAAAGCGACGCCGAGCGGGGGCACGGGUCGCGGCCCCUUCGCGAACGGCGGCCCCAAAGUCACUGACAACGGGGUGCACGACAUCGAGGACCGCAUCUUGAGGAUCACCGGCUACUACGGCUACAACCCGGGCUACUCCAGUCACAGAAGAGAGGAUGGUUUGGAGUCUCAGGCUGAGACGCCUGGUAGUGAGGCAAGUGUGGAGAGCCAGUCGUACCAGACAUGCACUAGCACAGUGCUGAAGGUGCUUGGUGGCUUGCUCAUGGUGCUGUGCAUCUCCUCCUCCUGGGUGGGUACCACUCAGGUGGUCAAGCUGACCUUCCAGUCAUUCUCCUGUCCUUUCUUCAUAUCCUGGUUCAGCAGCAACUGGAAUAUGCUCUUCUUUCCAAUUUAUUACUCUGGACAUGUGGUGACCACAAGGGAGAAGCAGACACCUAUUCAAAAAUUUAGAGAGUGCAGUAAGCUGUUUGGCGACGAAGGGAUGACUCUGAAGCUUUUUGUGAAGCGAACAGCACCUUUCUCCAUUCUGUGGACGCUGACCAACUAUUUGUAUCUCUUGGCCUUGAAGAAGCUGACCGCCACUGAUGUCUCCGCUCUUUACUGUUGCCACAAAGCCUUCGUUUUUCUCUUGUCCUGGAUUGUCCUCAAGGACCGCUUCAUGGGUGUCCGGAUUGUUGCUGCCAUCAUGGCCAUCACAGGAAUCGUCAUGAUGGCAUAUGCGGACGGUUUCCAUGGUGAUUCCUUUGUGGGUGUGGCACUGGCUGUGGGCUCAGCCUCCACUUCAGCUCUUUAUAAAGUGCUAUUCAAGAUGUUCCUGGGAAGUGCCAACUUUGGCGAAGUUGCUCAUUUCCUUUCCACCAUGGGUUUCUUCAACCUCAUCUUUAUCUCCUGUGUGCCCCUCAUCCUCUAUCUGACCAAAGUAGAGCAAUGGGGCUCCCUCUCCUCACUGCCCUGGGGUUACUUGUGUGGCCUGGCAGGAUUAUGGCUAGUGUUCAACAUUCUGGUUCACGUCGGUGUUGUCCUGACGUACCCCAUUCUCAUCUCCAUAGGAACUCUACUCAGUGUACCAGGAAAUGCAGCUGUAGAUGUCCUGAAACACCAGGUGAUCUUCAGCUUGGUGCGCCUUGCGGCCACGUGCAUCAUCUGCUUGGGUUUCUUGCUGUUGCUGCUUCCAGAAGAGUGGGACUCGGUCACCUUGCGCUUCUUGGCCACCAUUGCAGACAAGAAGUCAGAGGAUCACGCCGAAGAGCUUACGGAGUCCAGCUUGCACACGAGAAGCCGUAGUCGAGCCAACGGCGCCGUCUCCCUUCCCUUAGCAUAA